UUGGUAAUUGUACCGAAACUUGGUUGUGGCUUGUGGUGCCAUUUGCUUUAUCAACUUGCAUGGCUUUUCUUCUCACGUUCUGAGCGCAUGGCUGCAGCGGUAGAAACUUGGAGUGUGAGGCGUUGCUCAAGCAUCGAGUGCUUUGUCUGGGGCCAUAGGCGAGAGUCCGGAUAACUGGGCACUUUGACGUUUUGAUAUUCUUUGUUUAUCGGAUGUAUUUAAGCCGUUUGGUAGGUGCGAAAGAGGUUUUCAUUCCUUUUAGAGAAAUUCCGGGUUGGCUUUUUUUUUUAAAGAUUGUUUUUACUAGCUACAUUUCCAUUUAUUUUUUGCUACUAUUUUCUAUUUCUGUUUGGAGGUAUGAGGUGUGAGAUAAUGGAGAUGCAUGAUUCCUACCUGUCAGGGUAGCAUGGACCAACCUUAGGUGGCUCCUGUGUGGCACAGCCUGUAUGUGCUUGCUGCAGGCCACCAGCAUUGUUCUCUCUUGCAGGGUCUCGGCUACUUGGAAAAACUUUCACUUGGGGACUCUGGUAACUGUAAUAAUUACAAGUUGCCAUCCUUCUAGAUGUGCAUUGGCAGAUGUUGAGCAGUAAUUUGAUAUCAGCACAUCAACAUCUACCGUGGAUAGAAGUUACCAGUUGUCAGAAGAUGCCCAUUAGCAUUUUCAGAAUUGGUGGCAUUAAAGAUGAUUUGGAUGAAAACUGAUACUGGCUGUUGGGUCCUAAACCUGCAUAGCUGACUGUAUGAACACAUCACACCUGUCGGUUCUUGACUAUCCAGAUCAUGUGGCAAAAUGCCUUUUGAAUAUCGAAGGUUCCUGAGUCAGACCGAAGACAGCAGUAGCUGAGGUGGAUUAACGCUGGAAUGUAGUCAGGGAUUGGAACACUUGGGAGCUAUGCUUAGACAGAAAGGGAAAGAGGAACAUAUAGCUGCUGUCAGCUCUGAUAUAUGCUGCUAUGUUGCACUGUUAUAUGUAAACCAAGAACAACUUCAACUUUAAAUACUAGCAAAAUAAGGGCUAAAAUAAAAGAAUUCUGGAUUAUAUAAAGUCAGAAAAAUGCCAGAUGCUUGGUGAUUCUCAUCAGCAACACAAUGCAGGGAAAUGAUACUCAGUCUUCGGGAGGCCCAGUAUGGGAUGAAGUACUUCCCUGUGCUCAGUAUUGAUAUCUUCAGACUGAUACACUAAUUGUCACUGAUCUGCUCUCAAGGCUGAUCGGUCCUCAUCCAGAAGUGUGCUUUCUGCAAUGAGGAUUCAGUGGAAGAGAGCAGGAUAUGAUCCUUCUUCUAUGUCCGGGCUUUGGCCUCACACAGUAGGUGUAAUAUAAUCCCUGAGGUGGGCGUUCUGGAAGGAGAAUUAUUUUUGGAGGCUUUUGCAUGAAACUUGUCCAAUGAGUCUGAGACGCCCAAGCACCAUUAAUUUUGGAGGAAAAAGAUGGAGUAUUGCAUGCUGGGAACAAGUGCUUUCCAUAAGGUACAGCAGCAGCUCAUGAUGCCCCGUAAAGCUUUUCUUUCCCAGAAAGAAAAGCAGGCUCGUGCCAGGGAAAGGGAUAUGUUAAAAAAGAGGAGGAGGCGACAAGACUAUCUCAAAAGAAGCGUGGAGCCGCAGAAAAAUGCAGAAACAAUAAAAUGGCACAGGGAUGAUGAGAAGAGGAGAGAAAAUGAGCAAGUUAAGGACAAAGAUAUCAAGAAGCGGUGGAGACAGGAUGAGAGAGAACGACGAAAGAAUGUGGACGCUAUGAAUUGGCGCAGGGAAGAUGAGAAGAGGGAAAAUGAGCGAGAAACUAUGUUCCAACUUCCUGUCAACAACCUUGGCAGUUUAAGAAAGGCCCGGAAAACUGUGAAAAAAAUACUUAGUGACAUUGGUUUGGAAUACUGUAAAGAACAUAUAGAAGAUUUUAAGCAGUUUGAACCUAAUGACUUUUAUUUGAAAAACACUACAUGGGAAGAUGUAGGAUUGUGGGACCCAUCGCUUACAAAAAAUCAGGACUAUCGGACAAAGCCCUUUUGCUGCAGUGCAUGUCCAUUUUCCUCGAAGUUCUUUUCAGCGUACAAAAGCCACUUCCGGAAUGUUCACAGCGAAGACUUUGAAAAUAGGAUUCUCCUUAAUUGUCCUUACUGUACUUUCAAUGCGGACAAAAAGACUUUGGAAACGCACAUUAAAAUAUUCCAUGCUCCAAAUGCCAAUACACCGAGUGGAGGCAUCAGCACUUUUAAAGAUAAAAACAAACAUGAUAGCCUUAAACCUAAGCAGGCUGACAGUGUAGAACAAGCUGUUUAUUACUGUAAGAAGUGCACUUACCGAGAUCCUCUGUAUGAAAUAGUUAGAAAGCACAUUUACAGGGAACAUUUUCAGCAUGUUGCUGCUCCUUAUGUAGCGAAGGGAGGUGAAAAGUCACUCAAUGGUGCAGUUCCGUUAAGUUCCAGUACCCGAGAGGAGGGUAGUAUUCACUGCAAACGAUGCCUUUUUAUGCCGAAAUCAUACGAAGCUUUAGUACAGCAUGUUAUCGAAGACCAUGAACGUAUAGGAUAUCAGGUAACAGCAAUGAUAGGUCACACUAAUGUAGUCGUUCCGAGAUCUAAACCUUUGAUGCUAAUAGCUCCAAAACCACAGGAUAAAAAGCCUAUGGGACUCCCUCAGAGGAUGGGUCCCCUUUCCCCUGGAAGUGUUCGAUCUCUUUCAUCACAACAGAUGAUGAACAGACUCACUAUACCAAAGCCUACAUUAAAUUCCGCAGGAGUGAAUAUGAUGUCAAAUGUUCACCUACAACAAAACAAUUACGGAGUCAAAUCAGUGCCACCAAGUUAUGUUGGUCAGCCAGGGGGAAGGCUAAACUUAAGUGGUAAUGCACCAGUUUCUAUUCCACAGCAAUCACAAACAAUGAAACAGUUUUCAGCAAGUGGAAAUGGAAGGCCUUACACUCUUGGAGGGGAACAGAGAUCACAGGCCUCAGCAAGAUACUCUCUUCAGUCUGCCAAUUCAUCUUCUCUUUCAUCGGCUCAGUUGAAACAGACGUCAUUAUCUCAGUCACAGGCAGCUUCAAGAGUAUUAGGUCAGUCUGGCUCGAAAUCUCCUGUAGCUGCUACAGGUCCUUCCGCUGUCAAUACAUCAUCCACACAGAAGUGGAAAAUCUGUACAAUCUGUAAUGAGCUGUUUCCUGAAAAUGUGUAUAGUGUCCACUUUGAAAAGGAGCACAAGGCUGAAAAGGUGCCUGCAGUAGCUAACUAUAUAAUGAAAAUACACAAUUUCACUAGCAAAUGUCUAUACUGUAAUCGCUAUUUACCCACCGAUACAUUGCUUAAUCAUAUGUUAAUACAUGGUCUGUCUUGUCCGUAUUGCCGUUCAACCUUCAAUGAUGUUGAAAAGAUGGCCGCUCAUAUGCGAAUGGUUCAUGUUGAUGAAGAAAUGGGACCUAAAACAGAUUCUACUCUAACCUUUGAUUUGACAUUGCAGCAGGGUAGUCACACGAAUAUACAUCUUCUUGUCACCACCUACAACCUGAGAGAUGCUCCUGCUGAAUCUGUAGCUUACCAUGCCCAGAAUACUCCCCCAGUUCCUCCAAAACCACAGCCGAAAAUCCAGGAGAAGUCUGAUGUACCUGUAAAAAGUUCUCCACAAGCAGCAGUUCCCUACAAAAAAGAUGUGGGGAAAACUCUCUGUCCUUUGUGCUUUUCAAUCCUAAAAGGACCCAUAUCUGAUGCACUUGCACAUCAUCUACGGGAGAGGCAUCAAGUAAUUCAGACAGUUCAUCCAGUUGAGAAAAAGCUAACCUACAAAUGCAUUCAUUGCCUUGGUGUAUAUACUAGUAACAUGACUGCCUCAACUAUAACGCUGCACCUUGUUCACUGCAGAGGUGUUGGGAAGACUCAGAACGGCCAGGACAAAGGUACUUCGUCAUCUCGGCUAAGUCAGUCUCCAGCUGUAGCACCUGUAAAACGUACUUACGAACACAUGGAAUUCUCACUAAUGAAGAAAAGGAAAAUGGAUGAUGAUGACUCCCCCUCUGCCUUUGAGGAGAAGCCUGAAGAACCUGUAGUUCUAGCGUUGGACCCCAAGGGUCAUGAAGAUGAUUCCUAUGAAGCCAGGAAAACGUUUCUUACAAAAUAUUUUAAUAAGCAACCAUAUCCCACUAGGAGAGAGAUUGAAAAGCUGGCUGCCAGUUUGUGGCUAUGGAAAUCUGAUAUUGCGUCUCAUUUUAGUAACAAAAGGAAGAAAUGCGUUAGAGAUUGUGAAAAAUACAAGCCUGGUGUGCUGCUUGGUUUCAAUAUGAAAGAGUUAAACAAAGUCAAACAUGAAAUGGAUUUUGAUGCUGAAUGGCUAUUUGAAAACCACGAUGAAAAGAAUUCCAGAGUCAAUGUUAGUAAGACUGUUGAUAAAAAAAUAAACUUAGAAAAAGACAACGAAAGUUCCUCAGACAGCUAUGAAAAUAUAGAAGAGGAAUACAAUGAAAGCGGUAGUCCGUUUGGUCAGCGCAUUUCUGACAUCGGUGAGAAAGCCUCUUCUGAUAGCAUAGUGGAGAACCCAGAGGACAGCAUAUCCAAGGAAAUCAUUGAAGAAAAUACAUUACAGUCUCCAGAGAAGUCUGAUCAAAAACAAGAGGAAAGCUCUAAAUAUGAAGAGAUUAUUUCUGCUGAAGAACCAGCAAAGCUGGUAGGUGAUGUUUCAGAUAGCGAAGGUGAUCAGGAUGAUCAAGAUGACACUGUUGAAUGGAAAGAUGGAGCUUCACAGUCUGAAAGUGGGCCUGGUUCUCAGCAGGUUUCUGAUUUUGAAGAUAAUACAUCGGAAAUAAAACCAGAAGUGUGGACAGAUGAAUCCUCCCAAAGUGAAGAUGCUGGUAGCAGUAAACCGACUGUUGAGACAAAAGGGGAUGGAUCCGAAAGUGAUGAAGAACAGUCAAAGUGGAAAAAUCGUUCCUAUGGAAAAGUAGAAGAGUUUUGGUCUAAGGACCAGUCACAAUGGAAAAAUGCAUCAGAGAUUGAGGAGAGCUUGUCAAAUCAGCAGAUGGAAUGGCAGAAUAGCACAAUUGACAGUGAGGAUGGAGAUCAGUUUGACAGUGUGACUGAUGGAGUAGCAGAACCAAUGCAUAGCAGCUUAACUGGUGUGGAGCUGAGUAGCCAGCAAGCAUGAGCUGCUUGAUUCAGAAGUGUCAGUAAUAUGAUCCAGUCUACAACUGUGCAAACACUUUCAUUUCAGUAUGACUGCUAAGCUUAAAUUCUGACUGGUACUGCCUUUCGAGUGCUAGGUCAUGGCAUGUGGUGGUUGCGGCCACUAUUAUUCCAGUGGUUAUUUAAGGAUGCUGUUGGCUAAUCUUGCUUGAGAAUACCUGCUGGGAUGAGCACAGUAACUUAAUGUGAAAACGGAUGAGCUGGUGGCUCCAGAAUGCACACAGAGAAAAGCAGAGGUUUAUUUUAUCUGCAUUUUCAACAUCUAUUUCACUCUUGUACAUGUUCAGUUGUAUGUCUUUUUAAACAUUACCCUUUUUCACAUGGUAGUGUAGGGCCAACCAUACAAGCUACCAGUUCAAUGUGUAUAGUAGACUAUGGGGAAAUUGAUUUUUUUCAUGUAUCAUUCUGAAUAGUUGAAAUGUAUAUUUGUACAGUCUUUUAGACCUAUUCAAGUGAAGCUUAUGAAAUUGUUCUUGUGUACCCAUCAUAGAUUUGUUUCUCUUUUUUAGUGUUGCCCUGCUGUGUAAUAAAUGCUGUAUCUAGUUUACCUAGCAAAAGCUUGAAACUGCUAUAGUAUGAAUUUUGACAAACUUAGUUUUUGCACAUAACCUUGUACAAUCUCGAAACAGAGGCCAGCAACAUAAAAAAAAUAUAUCUGGACUCUAUUGUAUUAUAGAAUUUUCUUGUUCUGAAUAUCCUUGACAUUACAACUGAUGACAAACGUAUUUCAGAGCCAUUUUCUGAAAUCUUUUAAGCUAAAAAAGAAAAAUCACAUGCAAGAAACAAGUUUGCAGCUACUAAUUUUGACACCUUUUAGAUCUGUAUAAAAGUGUAUUGUGUUGAAGCAGCACACUGAAACAGAAGUGCUGUGUUUUGGAUAUUUAGUUUUAUCUUUAGUUAACACCAACAAGGUGUUGUAUUCAUUUAUACCAUCUAAUAUAUGACACACUGUUGUAGUAUGUAUAAUUUUGUGAUCUUUAUUUCCCUUUGUAUUCUUCAUUUAAGCAUCUAAAUAAAUUGCUGUAUUGUGCUUAAUGUAAA